AGAUAUUUCGCAGUAACAUGCUGUUGUUCUCCACAGAUAAAGCCAUGGUCCUCAAACAUCACCCGGACAAGCGGAAAGCAGCAGGAGAGCAGAUUGUGGAGGGCGAUAAUGAUUAUUUCACUUGCAUAACAAAAGCGAUGGAGAUGCUGUCGGAUCCCGUGAAGCGGAGAGCGUUUGACAGCGUGGAUCCCACGUUUGACAACAUGGUUCCUUCAAAAGCAGAAGGCAAAGAAAACUUCUUUGUGGUGUUUGCGCCGGUGUUUGAGAGGAACAGCAGAUGGUCUGUUAAAAAACACAUCUCAAGUCUGGGAAGCAUGGACGCGUCUUUUGAAGAGGUGGAUAAUUUCUAUUCCUUUUGGUACAACUUUGACUCGUGGAGAGAAUUUUCAUAUUUAGAUGAGGAGGAAAAGGAAAAAGCUGAAUGGUGAAUAAUAUUUUGUGAUCCUAUGUUAUUGGUUUUGGUUUACUAUUUUGUAAUAUUGUAAGUA